AUCUGCAACGACGACGAGGGCGGCUCAUCCGCCCACGCUGGUCAUGGACGCAGGAGCCCGCAGACUCCUCGAGUCCGUCACCCACGAAACCCUCCAUGCCCACAACUUCGCCCGCUCCUCCACCCAGGCCUCCGGCGUCCUCACCGACGUCCUCCACCGCUAUCUCGAGCUGCUGACGACAUCAUGCGCAAAGUACGCCGAACACGCGGGGCGGCUCUCCCUCACCCUCCGCGACGCGGUCUCCGCGCUCGAUGAGCUCGGCCUCGAGGUGGACGAGCUGCAGGAGUAUGCCGCGGGCGAGGGCAGGGAUAUGGCGCGCUAUGCCGUGCAUUCGCAGAGACGGAUCGAGGACCUCGCGGAGUUCAAGGCCUCUCUGGCGGUUGGCCUACGAGAGGACCGCGACGAUGCGAUCCCGCUGGUGUACGCUCGCGUGCCGACGCCGUCACUCGAGGAAGAGGGGGAAGAUGGGAGUGCCAGCGAGGUCGAGGACGACUUGCGAGAGGAAGACAACGACGACGAGGACGAACCCUUCCCCAUCGAUAUGGACGGCCACAUCUCCGAACUGGAGCCCUUCGCAAAAGCACGAGAAGCCCCGAAGAGUAUGCAGCCGCUAGCAUCACCCCCGCUCCCAUUGUCGCCAAUAUCGAAUCCAUCCACACCGCCGAGGAAGCGACCACGCACAUCAAGCUGGCGCCCGCCGUCCUAUGUCCCUGACCACCUUCCGCCCUUCCCUACCACAUCGCCACGACGUUCUCCGUCGUCUCUACCUCAGGAUGCACCUGUUGUGUCCGAUCCUGUAAAGGUCGAACGCCCUCCCACACCACCUCCGCCCCAGAUUGCCACCACGACAUCCUCUGCUGAUUAUCUGACACCUACACCUUAUGCGCAGUCUUCAUUAGCUGCAACGACCGGCCCGUGGCAUCUCCCGUCUGCCCCUCCAUAUACAUCAGACUCGGGCGCACAAUCACUUUCUCGCGCUGCGAUCCCGCCAGUCCAACCGGCUCUCCUAGGCGCAUACCACCACGUUCUCACGCAUCCGCCCCCACCAAACGUCGCAUCGGUCAACCCCGCGCGCUACAAAGUCGCGCUCGCGUUCGUCGCGCAGGCCGAGCUGAACCCGCGCUGGGAUCCGCCGACGUCUGUGUUCGGAAGUUCGGCGCCCAAUGCGCCGCGCGUCGCAGCGAUAGGGCCAUCGUUCCCAAUACCGAUCUCGAAGUUGCCACCGACGCCGACGGACGGCAAGGAUGAGGCGGAGAAGGACAAGAAGCCUAACCUACCACCUGCGCCACCGAGACCGGUGGCGACGUCUGAGCGGGUCACGCCCCUACUCAGCCAACAACCGUCGCGGAUACCUGAUUUGGCACGACAGGUUCUACCGGGCUCGGUGUAUGGUCGUGCAACACGGUUGACGCAUCCACCUAUUCUCCAACGCGGCUCACAAAGGCUCACAUAUGGGCCCGGCGUCAACGCACCAUGGAACACGAACGCGCCGACACCGCCCGCCGCGCCCUUGAUGAACGCAAAGGGCAAAGACACAGGGGUGAACGGUGUCACCAAGGCUGGGGAGACAUCUGUCAAGACGCUCUCCGACGCACGUCUCUACGCGACGUGGGACUAUGAACAGAAGCGGUUCCACGAGCCACUCGUGCCUCGACGAGGGAGGAUAGGCAGUAUGCAGAGUGUCGGUGCGCCGGCGCCCCCGGUGCGACAGAGGAGCGAGAGCGGGCCACUGGGGUAGCGUCCAUUCAGGUAGGCUGGGCGAUGGUUGAUGGUGGUGGUAAUGUGAGGCUCGGACGGACAGAGAGUUAUUUGUGUUAUUGUGAUGUCUUUUGCAGUUGCUCUGUGUCGCAUACAUAGCUGGUAGGAAUCACCGCGUAUUACUUGUGCAAUGCAUAGUCCGUCGCUGGCCGUGUCUCGCGGCAACGACAGUACUUAUUAAAGUUA